UGUUUACUCUUUACGCGGGAAGUAAAGACGCCGGAACCUCGACGGGAAAUCAGAAGUGCCCACCAAGAAAACCAGAUAAGCAGCAGCAAAAUGGUCGAGCGCAUCGAGGAUCUUAACCUACCGAAUGCCGUGAUUGGCCGGCUCAUCAAGGAAGCACUGCCGGAGUCAGCUAGUGUCAGCAAGGAAGCGAGAGCAGCGAUCGCCCGAGCGGCAUCUGUGUUUGCCAUCUUUGUGACAUCCUCGUCGACGGCGUUGGCCCACAAGCAGAACCACAAGACCAUCACGGCCAAGGACAUUCUACAGACCCUCACCGAGCUAGACUUCGAGAGCUUUGUGCCCUCCCUGACGCAGGAUCUUGAGGUCUAUCGAAAAGUGGUCAAGGAGAAAAAGGAGAGCAAGGCCAGCAAGAAGGACUCCAGCACUGUCGAAAAUGCCAACGCCAGUUCCACAGCCGCAGCAGCAGAGGAAGCCGCCGAGUGAUUGCGAAUAGGAGAAACUAUACGGAUCAGUUAUCCUCUUUAGUCCUUAAGAACAAAGCUAGUAUUAAGCAUAAACAAAGCACAUUAAACAUAAGCAUUAUCUAUGAA